CGGCGGUUCGCUCCGCGGCAGCCGUACCGGGCCCAGGCCGCUGCUGCGGCCUCCUCUCUCCUUCCCUGGGGCCCAGCGUAGCCCGCCGGGUGCCUCCCGCCGUAGCGCUCCUGAGGCGGGACCGUGCCCGCGUCCCAGCGGCGGGAUGAAGAGGAUCUUCGGGUUCGGGAGGAAGAAGAAGGGGCAGCCGCCGUCGGGCAGCGCCUCCCUGCCCAGCCCCGCCGGUGCCUACGAGCUCCGGCAGAAGGACCUGAGCAAGCUGCACCGGGCGGCCGCCAGCGGCGACCUGGCCCAGGUGCGGCAGGGGCUGAAGAAGUCCCGCAUCGACGAGCGGGACAAGGCGGAGCGGACACCUCUGCAUCUCGCUUGUGCAAACGGUCACGCGGAUAUCGUUACAUAUCUAGUAGAAAACAAGUGUAAUCUAAAUCUUUUUGACAAUGAUAACAGAUCACCACUGAUGAAGGCAGUACAGUGCCAGCAAGAAAAAUGUGUGGCUAUUCUGCUAGACCAUGGUGCCAACCCGAAUCUGGCAGAUGCUGAUGGCAACACUGCCCUUCACCUGGCUGUCGUAUCUCCUAAUACAUCUAUAGCAGGACUGUUACUUGAGCAUAAUGCCAGUAUCGAUGCUCAGAACAAGGAGGGAUAUACCCCGCUUAUUCUUGCUGUCUCUGAACAUCAAGAAGAGAUGGUAGACUUUCUCCUUAGAAAAGGAGCUGAUGUGCAUGCUCGAGAUCAGUGUGAAAGAACCCCACUUAUGACUGCUGCCUCUGGUGGGGAACUUAAUUUGAUUAAAGUUCUUCUUCGGUAUGGUGCUGAUGUUUCCCAUAAAGACACUAAUGGAUGGACAGCUGAGGAUUAUGCUGUUAUUCAUGGAUAUUCUAGUCUUAGUAAACAACUGGCAGAAUACACAGACUGGGAAAACACAGGAGAAGGUUCUGCAGGUGGUGCACAAGGCACCACGGUACUGAGCACUCCUCGCCGGGUGGGAGCUGCUGGCUUUACGUUGGGUGCACCUGCCAUGGACAGAGGAGGAAUGCAACAAUCUCCUAACCAGACAUCAAGAACAGGAAAAUCAAGGAAAGCAAUAGAUGACUUUUCCCAAGGAGACUCAAUAAGAAGCUCUGAGAAAGAGGGGAGUGAUGACAGUUGGCAUACUUCUGAGGAAGAGGAACUUGAUUUUACCCCCAAGAAGCUGCAGAAGCCCAACUUGACACUACUAAUGAAUGCUUCCCAGCAGUUCAGGAAAAACAAUGAUAGUGAUGGUUCUAGAAUUGAAAAUCCUAAGUCACCAAAGAAAACCCUCAAACAAAGAACCCCAUCAGAUGCAAACCUGAACAAAGGAGAAUGUAGAGAAUUGUUGAAUCAAGAUGUCUCGGAUGCAAGCAACCUGGAAGAAGAAGAAUUGGAGGAGGAGGAGGAAGAUGAUGAAGAGGACAACGGAGAUGAUGAUGAAGAUUAUGAGGAGGAAGAGGAAGAAGAGGAGGAGGAUGAAGAUCUUUCUCAAGAUGAAAAAGAGGAGGAAGAUCUGGAAGAUGAAGAAACUCAAUCUAAUGACAUACUGGAGGAGGAGCAAGGGGGGAAAACAGAACCUAAAGGGGAAAUUGAUCAGAAAUUGGAGUAUUUUAGUAAUGCUAAGUAUGAAGGAGAAGCUCAGUGUGGAACUGGAGUUGUCUGGGAUGAUGAUAAGAUUAGUAAAGAACUUAAUGAAAAGGUGGAGGAAUCUAUAGAUACUCCUGUGUCUUUUAUAGCUGGGUGUUAUGAAAGGUUGCAAGAAAAUAUAACUGCUAUGUCUCCAAAGAGAAUGAAUAAUGAAGUAUCUUACAAGUCAGUACCAAAACAAGCUGUCUUUCAGAAUCUAAAUAAUUUGCAAGACACACAAGAAAGCUGGAACAGGAAAAGCUUGAUUCAAGACAAGUUGACCACAGAUAGUUGUGGUCUUAAGGAGAAAAAGUCAAGCUCUGGUGAUGGCUUUGAAAGUGAUAAUAAUUCUUUGUCAGCAGCAAAAACCCCAAGACUUGAAAAUCAAAGACCGAGCUUUGCCAGUCUUGAAUGUGUGGAUGAUGAAGAUACUGAAGAAGAGCAAGAUGAAGUAGAUGAUAAAGAAGCACUGAAACAAGAAAGUGUAAACUUGCACUUAAAUAAGCGUGAAGAAAAUUUAAGAGCAGCGUUUCACUCAAGCACCAAAGAAGAGUCAUCUGAAUGGGAAGAGGAGGAGGAGAAGGAAGACGCUGAAGAGCUACAAACUGCAGUUGUUGAGGAUCUGAAAAAUACUAUUUGUAAUGACAGUCAUCAAGUCCAUGAUGCUUCAAAAGACAAUGCUGGUACCCUGCCAGCAGUGGGAGCAGAGGAAGAGGAAGAUGCGGAUUCACCCUGGGAUUCUGAGAUUAUACAGACGGAUUCUGAAAGUCUGAGAAAAGUACCAUCCAGUGUGUUACUCCCGGCUGCAGACAGACAUGGAACAUACUCACAGACUGUUUCAGGGGAGCGCGACAAUGGCUUCUCGGAGAAACCCAACAAUUCCCAGCUGAAGACUCCUGAAUCUGUUUUGGAAAUGAACGAAACCUCUCCUGAAAGAAGGCAGCAGAAAUCAGAUCUAUUGGAGGAAUUUGGUUUAGGAGAUGCAGAGGAUAUUGAAGGUGAGUACUCAGGAUCUACCUCUCAUAUGUCAUCAUCAGCUGAAAAAGAAGACAUCAAAGAUGCCAUUGUAAACUAUGGGGUACAGGGUAAAUAUAUUUUAGAAACUACCAACUUGAUAGGAAAAACAGCACAUGAAAAUCAGACUGACAAAGCAGAAAUUUCACAUCAGGAAGCCCUAGGAGAAAAUGAGGAAUCGCACAGUGCUGACAAGCAUUUAAGUCCAAAACCUUGGGAAGAAAGAUAUGAAAGAAUGUGGGUUGAAAAUGAGAAAAGGGAAUUGAAAACAAAUUUUAAAAACAUUACAGCAGAGCUGAAGCAGCUUUUUGGUGAAAUUAAUGAGACUGAGAAAACUGCUUCGCUUGUGGGAGAAAUGUCAGAAGGUGGCUUCAGUGAAGAAUUGAAGAGUUCUCAUGUUGCUUCAUCUCGUGUGACAGAGUCAAGUAAUAAGUUAGAAAAUAAAGGUGAAUCUGGAGAUAUUAAACCUAUGCUAGGUGGAAAAGUACCCAAAAAGGAAAUUGUAAUUCCGAGUCUUAGUGUCCUUCCUGAUCAAAAUAACUUAAACAUGGAAUAUACCUGGAAUACAGAUGAAGAAAAUAGCACAAACGAUACAGAUAAUACAAAGGUGCCUCUAGCAAAAGAGAAAAAGAAAAUGCCUACUAUGGAAAUGGAAGAGAGUGAAAAUGCAAGUAGUAGAAAUGUAGAGGGAAGUCCUGAAUACUCCCUGAGACAUAGCUUGAAAACAGGUAUUUUGGGUGACAUUUCUAAUAUUCUUCCUGAAACAAGACCUGUUUCUACAAGUGAUGACAAUGGACUUCUUGCAACAGAAAAGAAAUUUGGAAAAGACUCUGGAUUUAAUGGUGAUGUUCCCAGGGACUGCCUUAUCGACAAUAAUAAACUAGGAGAAACAGAAAUUGAAAGUCUUUUUGCAAAUGCUCAGCAAUCAUGUGGCAUGCUGAAGAGAAAUAUGGAUGAAGAACUAAAACAAGAUAUGGAAAGAUUUAAGAGUAAGGUAGGAAUGCUGCAAUUAGUAUUCGUGGCUUUGGAGAAAGAGAAGGUACAGCUGCAAAAAGAGGUUGAGAAGGAAAAAAGCAAACAAAUAUGUUUCAAAACGCAGGCGGUGGCUGAACAGGAAGAUCUUGAUAAAUUAAAUACACCAGCGGGCAAUGUUACUGAUCAUCAAAUGAUACAAAAGCCUACUCUAAGGAAGAAUGACAGUUUGAAAAUGGGAAAUGAAAGCACUGUAGAAGAAAAAGACAAUAAGAAUUUUCCAUCUGAGGAGAGAUCAAAAUUGAUUAAAAUGCCACUGAAAGGUAAAUUUGCCCUGAAUGCCAAAGUCACAAAGAAAAAUAGAAGACAAACUUCAAAGCAGAAGGUUAAUCAGCAAACGAACUCUUCCAGUGGGAAUCAUUUUCAAGUACUGGAUGACAGCACUUUCAGUGAAACCUCUCAAGAUGAAGGAAGGCCUGCAGCAAAAACAGGGAGUGAAAAGAACAAGGUGAGGAUACAAAUGGAUGUAACUGAUGAUCUUGAUUUAACUCACUCAUCUGACACAACUUCAGAGGAUGUCGAAUUGCCAACUUCAACCUACAAAGAGGCCAUGUUGCUGUUAGAACAGCUUAGUGUGGAUCCUACGGGUUCUACUGUUUUGUUGAAAAUUCAAAACAUACUUCUUGAAUAUGAACAGAUAAUAGAACGUGAAAGAAGUAGGUACACAGCUGCCUGGAGAGAAGUAAAGAAAUUAGAAAGUGAAAAGGAGUCAUCACAAUUAAUAGCGGAAGAGACUCAAGAUUUGAAAUCCAUGUUGGCUCAUCAAGAAGUUGAAUGGAAAAGUGACAUUGAAAGCCUUAAAUUUACUUUGAAACAAGAAGAGGAAAAGAGGCUCAGAGUAGAAACACUAUAUGAGAAAACACGAGAAAAACUCAGAGGGAAAGAAGAUCAAUAUUGUAAAGAGGUGGAGGAGAAACAGCAACUUGAGUUACGCUCAAGGAAUUUAGAAAUGGAGUUAAUAGCACUGAGAAAGCUCUUGAAACAGGUUGAAGAAGAGCGUGAUGAAACACAGAGACAGCUUUCUCAGGAAAAGAGUGCCAGAGCCCUGCAAGAAGGAAUUUUGAACAACCACCUCUGGAGACAAAAGGAACUAGAAGAAGAGACAAGAAGAACUAUAGAAAAAAAUUCAGAGGAAUCUGACACUGAGAGAGAAAAGGACCUGUUGUACAAAAAUCAGUUACUACAAGAUGAGAUUGCUGUGCUAAGACUGGAACUAGAUCAAGUAAGACUUAGGCACCAGGAGAAAGAAGGGAAGUAUUUAGAGGAAAAUGAGACCUUGAAAGAAAAAAAUGAAGAUCUCAAAAAGGAACUUAAACUGAAUGAGGAAGCCUUAACACAAACGGUUAUUCAGUACAAUGGGCAGCUGAACUUACUGAAGACAGAAUCUGCAGUGUUAACUUCCAAACUUGAGCAGACAAAAGAAAGCAAAGACAGACUAGAAAUAGAAAUUGAGUCAUUUCGUUCCCGCCUGAACACUACUGCUCAAGAACUUGAACGUCAUCAGUCAUCAAAAAGUGACGUGGAACGAACAUUUCAGAGAGAACGUGAUGAAUGGCUUCGCUUGCAAGACAAGCUCCGUCAUGACCUCUCUGAUGUGAGAGAAACCAACAAGAGCUUGUCUCAGCAGCUGAGUAAAGCUGAAAGCAAAGCUAAUAGUCUAGAAAAUGAGCUUCACCGGUCGAAACAAACGCUCAGAGAGAAAACAUUGCUUUUAGAAAUGACACAAAAAGAAUUAAGUCAAGCCCAGUGUCAGGCGAAGGAAAGCGAUCACGCUCGACAACUUGAGAAGGAUCAAGUGAGCAAAUUUAUAAUCAAGCAGGAAUCCAUGCAGGAGCGAUUGGCCCAGCUCCAGAGUGAAAACCUUUUACUCCGUCAGCAACUGGAAGAUAUGCAGAACAAGGGGAUCAUCAAAGAAAAAGUAGUGAAUGAUGUGCAGGACCGGUUUAAUGAUAUUUUCAACAAACUCAGAGCUGAUACUGAAAAGCAAGUUUACCUAGUGGAAGAGAGGAACAAGGAAUUAAAUUCCAAGUGUACUGAUUUAAGAGAACAAGUCUUUAAAUAUGAGACUGACAAAGUAGAGAGAGAGGGCAUGGUCAGACAGCUGCAGCAGGAGCUUGCCGAUGCUCUUAAAAAGCAAUCGAUGUCAGAAGCUUCACUUGAAGUUACUACGCGCUACCGCAGUGAUCUGGAGGAAGACAAGCUGCGCUUACAAAAGGAGUUGGAAAAGGCUAAAACCAAGCUGCGGGAGCUGGAAGAACAGCAUCUUCAGUCUGAGCAUUGUGUUCAUGACUUGAAGACUGCCUUGGAUAAUAAGGAAAGAGAAGUAAUAGCGUCUUCCCAGAAACUGCAGGACCUCCUGUUGGCAUCUUCUGGGACUAAUACUACUGUAAAACAACUGGAAGAACAUGUGCAACGCCUUGAAAUUGAAAAUGCCAGAUUGGAAGCCACAGUCCAGCAGCAAAACAAUAGGAUUGAAACCCUUCAGAGAGACCUGCAAGCCUCUGCAUCAGUUCAUAACCGCCUGGAAGAAUUGAUAACUAGCUUGCAGACAACACAGGCAGCUGCAGAGGACCACCACCAUAAACAGAUGCAAAAUCAGAAUCUGCUGGGUCUGAUAUCGAAGGACUCGCACAGCAUGUGGGAAGAGCACUUAAAGUCAAGAUUCCACCUUGAAGAGCGCGUCGCUCAACUUGACAGGGAAAAGGCUGAACUCUUGGAACAGUGUGAGAGUGAAAGAAAGAAAGUGAAGAAGCUGGUAGAGUUGAAACGCCCGGUCGAACUGCGUCUGGACCAAGAAAUGAAAAGAAACAUCGAACUGCAGAAAGACUGUAAGAGGUUGAAGAGGCUUCUGAGCAGAGCUGUGAAGAAACUAAGGAUGUGUGAGGAGAGAGAGAGAGAGUCCCAGCUUAAUUUGCAGGGAGAAAUGAAGAACAGGUAUUCUGAAAUGGUCAAUGAAGUUGGUAGAUUAAGAACAAAGGUUGGUGAACUUUCUCAACAGCUGGAGAUAGAGUCUAAAAAAUGCAUACAGCUAGAAACACAAAAUCAGGAUUUGCGAGAAGAGUUGUCUACCAUGCGUGGGAACCAUGAAAAACUGGAGAAGAGCAAAUGCCAGCUGAAGGAAGAGGUGGCUAACCUCAAGCAUCGUUUGGAGACUAACAUGGUGGAUCACAGCCAAAUAGAACAAUAUAAAAAAGAGAUGGAAGAACGAGCUGGACAAGAAAUAAGACAAAAACUACAAGAAGUCAAUCUAUUUCUGCAGACGCAGGCAGCUUCCCAGGACAGAUUAGAACAAAUAAGAGCCAGUCAUCAUGCUUCACUGAGAAACCAGCUAAAACACAGAAUUAGAGAUCUUGAAUGUGAAUUGGACAGGAUAAAAAAUACCCAACAAGACAGUAUUUUUCAAAAAGAAUCCACACAGGCAGAAGUGGAAAGAUACAAAGAGCUGUAUCUGGAGGAAGUAAAAAUUAGAAGAUGCCUAGCAAAUAAACUGGAAAGAGCUAAUGAGAAAGUAGCAGAAGCCAACGCUAAGCUCCUUCAGGAGCGCCAUAGGAGCAAGUCUCUAAUUGCAAGCAGCAUUGUCACUGGAGGUCUGACUGCAAGUCCAGUUCUGUAUUCAACUGAACUGGGACACCUUGGCAACAAUUUGGCACUGAACAGAAGUCUAAGUCUAGGAGGAAGCUUCCUAAGCCCAGCUGGGAACGCAUUAUCGUCAAGAAACAGGGUUGAAGCCUAUGUGGCCAAGGUACGGCGGGAACUGGAUGAAAAAAUCACUAAAGAACUUGAACAGGCCACUGCUGAACUUGAAACUGGAUCUCCUGGAGCUUCUCCCAUGGUAUCUACUGAUGGAUCUUCAAAAAAUUUCCUUGUUGACCAAGAUCCCCUUUGCAGGGCAAUACAGGAGUACCGUGAUGUUUUAACCAAAAAUUAUUUGAUUUGAACAAAAUACUAGGGAAAAGUUUGGAAGUCAUUUUGUUUACAUUGUGCGUCUAUGGUUUCCCAUCCCACAGUUCAGAUGUGAAAAUGUGUUUAUUGCAGUCUGAAUAUAAAUUCUAACUCAAUUAAAUGGAUGUCAAGCACAUUGCACUUACCUGUUUAUUGAUGCAUAGUUGUUUUAUUUUGCACUCACAAUAAGAACCAUAUCUAUUUUUUCUGAGUAGCAGAUUGACUAAUCUUGAUUCUUGAGCUUGACAGAACUGUCAAAACGUUUCUUACUAAGGUAGAUGCAUUAUUUUGCUCCGCUCGUGUUCUCUGUUUUAACAAAAGCAUUCCCUUUGUUCUGUUUAAUUCUUUCACUCCAUGUGUUUUUCAUGUUUCCAGUGUUAUUUUAAUGCUUAGGACAUUAUUUUAUGUGCUUUGAGUCCAUUGCUUCAAUCCUGAUGCAGUGAAUAUUUCUGCUGAUUAAGCUUUACCAGUGUUCAAGCUGGAGAAUGGGGCACUUUACAUUGCUGUCACUUUAUUCACCUUCGGUUUAAAAUUACUGUGAGUGUAUAGUAGUGCCAAGAAAGUUGUUACGUGGUCUUUUUGGCAUGUUUGUUUUGUAUCACAGAACCACAGAAUGGGUGAGGUUGGAGGGGACCUCUGGAGGUCAUCUGGUCCAACCCCCCUCCUCAAGGAAGACCACCUAGAGCCCAGGUUACCCAGGACCAUGUUGGCUUUUGAGUAUCUCCAAGGAUGGAGACUCCACAGCCUCCCUGGGCAACCUGUGCCAGUGCUCGGUCAUCCUUACAGUAAAGAAGCGUUUCCUGAUGUUCAGACGGAACCUUCCGUGUUUCAUUUUGUGCCCUCAUGGUACCUCAUGGUAUUCAUGUUGAUUUUUGUAUUAAAAAUUGCUGCAACUUUAUACCUUUGCAGUUCCUACAUCAACACCAGUGGUGCACCUGAAACACUUUGUAGGGGGGGGUGGGAAAGAAGGAAUGUUAAUAUAUCAACUUUCAGUCUCCUCAGUACUUGUGAGAUAGGACAGCCAAUGUUUUUGUUGCUGCUAUCAGCUGAUGAUAUGGUGGCUGUAGCCCAAAUGUUAGCCAGUGUUGUGGGACAUUCGUGUCAACAAAACAAACAGUUUUUCUUAUUUCAAGGGGGUACCUGUUGUUACUGAAAAUCUGCAGUUGUCAUUUCCUGUCUGCAAAAGUCACUAGCAAUCAGAAGAUUGCAGAAAAAGUCCCAAUUCUGGGAAAAGUAAGAAUGGUUGUACUGCAGUGAAUUACGACUGGAAAAGUUUGGGGAUUUUACCCACUAAUUCAAGGACUUGAGUUAACAGGCGGUGAGGAAAGCAAUGAAUGCUGCUGUGACACUAUUUUUAUAUGACUACAUUUUUGUGAAGUUAAUAUACACUGUAUUUAAUUCCAGAUAUUCCAUUGAUAUUUAAUAAACUUUGUAAUCUAGUA